AACAAUAAAUUUAAAAUGUUGGACAUAACCGGAUUAUUUGAUGAAAGCUUGGAGGCUAUAAGGUCGAGUAAAUACAGUGAUCAAGACUCGUCAGGAAAUGACUUUGACUAUGAUGAUACACAAUUGAAAGAUCUCAGAAGACAUUUUAAAAUUAUUUUAAAUAAUCAUCCUCCUAAAUAUAGUCCUCCUGCCGAUUCCACAAACCAUGAUGACCUCGAAUUUGAAAGAUUAAUUAAAAUUGAUAAUAAUGCUCCAUUUAAUUAUG